CCUCGCAGGCUCUACGUUCGCAGGGCGCGGGACACAACUUACCACUCGGAAAAAUUAAUGACCACACUUAGAAAUUUUAUCGCGAACUCAGCCUCGCUUUAGAUAAUUUCACGGAGUUGAAAAGCGUUUGAUACCAAAAAAUAAUUUCGACUUAAAAGUCGGCGGAGACAUUAAUUAUGUACGGGUGGCUGCUCGAAAGUGUGCAGCAUUUUAUUGUGCAAGAAUGUGGCGAGGAAAUAUGGGAAACUAUUCUAAGAGAAGCUGGUGCCAGAAAUACUGUCUUCAGUGCUACUCAGCAAUAUCCAGAUGCUCUCAUGUUACGCCUGGCCAGUGCUUUGGCGCGAUUUAUCACGAAAGAUCCCAACAGCCCAACUACUUCCACUCCUGCUAGUCCAGCCCCAAGAAAACAGUCGUUGAAAUCUAAACCGUCUUGGCGAAGUGCGUCAGUACAUACCGACGGUAGAGCAGCCGGUUAUAAAUGCCCGUUCACAGCCGCUAAUGCCCUCACAGCUGUCACAAAGAAAGAAAUCGAUGCGUACAAUUCAUCAGAAGAAAUCCGAGCACAUAGAUCUACAGACAGGAUCAACGAAGGCCAAGAACUCCAAAUCGCAAGUGCACUAAACUUGCACAGACGGAGUCUUGCUAUCACAUUGGAAAACCGCUGUCUUCCUGCAGUAGAAAACAAUGAGCCAGAAACAGUAUCGGAAGAGAAACCCGGGUGUAGUAAAGUUGAGGAAAUUACACCAUUGAAGGAAGAAGAACCAGUUAGUCCUGAUGAUUCGGCAGGAACGACACCUACGUCUCCCGAUUCGGAAAACAGCAAGAGGAAUUCUAUCGUCAAACCUUCAGCUCGGAAAACCAGUUGCACGGUGGCACUAGACGUAUAUAAACGGAGAGGAUCGGGGGCUCCGGUGAGGCAGAGACUGAACAGCCUCAGCCUGAUCAGCGGGGACAGGCUUUCGAGCAUGAGGGAGAAGUUUGGCACUCCUGAAAAGGUCAUGCAUUUCUUUGGCAGAUGUUUUGUCAAGUUCUUCAGCAACUAUGGCUACGACACGAUGAUUCGCGCGACCGGCCGCUACUUCUGCACGUUCCUGCAGUCGGUGGACAACAUCCACCAGCGCAUGCGGUUUACCUUCCCGCGCAUGCGCUCGCCGAGCAUGCAACUGACGCGCGCGCACAGACAUGGCGCAGAGCUGGUGUAUAGCAGUGGCCGCUGCGGGUUCACUCACUAUCUCAUGGGUCAACUUUACGAGAUAGCUGAAGAUAUUUUCUCCCUGAGGCUGAAAGUGUCGGUGGUGAAGGAGAGCAUGGAAGGCAACUACUACGUCGCCGUGCUUCGGCUGGAGUUCGACAAUAGCGACUAUGUGCAAUCGCUGAUGCUUCGCAAGUCGCUGCCGUGCCCGCUGCCGCAGGUGCCGGCGUCGCUGCUGCUGCAGCUGUUUCCGUUCGGGGUCAUGCUGGAUCGGCGCAUGAAAGUGCUCAUGGCUGGUGACAAGCUGGUGGAGGCGUGGGGAGGUCCAUACAACCGUAUAGCGAAGUCGCCGAUAUCUGAUAUACUUCGAUUGAGGAAACCUAAGAUAUCAUUUACAUGGGAUAAGCCGGAAUACAAAUUGAGGAGUAGGCGAGACGUGUCGGGGGCGUUGCAUAUAGUCACCAACCACGCGCAGCCUAUCCACGAGGAUGUCAAGCCUGAAGGGGAAGGUGUUAAGGUCACUCCUCCAGAAGACUCAGUAUUCGAAGGCAAGUCCCUCCGUAAGUCCGCUCCCCUCAUCAACCGGUUCGAGCUAGUCCGCAGUGUGAACAGAGUGGUCACUCUCUCCGUGCUCAUCUUCACCGCUGUGAUAGAGUUCUACCCUAUGAUACGAUACCUUUGCAACCUUAUCGCCUUUGUGUUUAUGUGA